UGUCGGUCGUGCGUUUGUCCUGCGGAUCUAAUACAAGCAAUCAACGAGACUUUCUAGUCACUGGACACAAACGCGGGCAUACCCGGCAACCACUCCGGCUCUAGGAGUGGUCAACACUCUAGAGUUACGUUCUAUCUCCAUCGUCCUUGCAAGGAAACGAAAGAGCCCGUGCCAGCAACAUGUCGGGAGGAGUCUCGCAGGAGGAGCUCGCUGCUAAACUUGGAGAAGUGGAGAGCACGCUGACGGCGCGCUUUGAAGAACAGCAGACCAAGGCAGAGGGGAGGAUGGAGCAACUGCUCAGUCGCUUCGAGAGCCUUCUGCCCACGCAGCCCANAGACUUGGAUGAGUCUGCGGUGCCCCCAUGCUGCGUCAGCCUGUGUGGGGUACUCUCUUUCUCCUCUGUCGGUCGUGCGUUUGUCCUGCGGAUCUAAUACAAGCAAUCAACGAGACUUUCUAGUCACUGGACACAAACGCGGGCAUACCCGGCAACCACUCCGGCUCUAGGAGUGGUCAACACUCUAGAGUUACGUUCUAUCUCCAUCGUCCUUGCAAGGAAACGAAAGAGCCCGUGCCAGCAACAUGUCGGGAGGAGUCUCGCAGGAGGAGCUCGCUGCUAAACUUGGAGAAGUGGAGAGCACGCUGACGGCGCGCUUUGAAGAACAGCAGACCAAGGCAGAGGGGAGGAUGGAGCAACUGCUCAGUCGCUUCGAGAGCCUUCUGCCCACGCAGCCCAACGCGAGACGGAGGAGGAGGAGGGGAACCUACCUGAGACUGUGGGCCCCAGCGCUCGGAACGACGGCUGGGUCAGCGGGCCCGGUCCCCAAGGAGGUGAGAUGGCCGCCGGUAGCGAUGGUGCUGUUGAAUGAGGCGAGCCAGCAGGAGGUGGAGAAAAGCCACACGAGGGCAGCGGAACAGGCUUUCAUCCCAGCCGACGGCGCCGGGAAGGGCGAAAGUCCCAACCGCGCCCUUCGCAAGGGAAACAGCGAUGGCAAAGGCAACGGCGACGAGAGCGGUGGGGGCGGGGCGGAGAAGCGGGCACGCGUCCGAUGCUUCCGAUGCGGAAAGAUGGGGCAUCGGAUCGCGGAAUGCCCAACAAAGGAAAGCGACAUUAUCCGGUGCGAGGUUUGCAAGGGAUUCGGCCACAAAAAGGACCGUUGCACAAUGGAAGAAGAGAAAGCGGUGAUAGCGGUCGAAAUGUCGCAGGAUGAGCUAGACAUUGCGUGCGAAGCCUUGUAAGGUAGGAAACCCACUAUAUCCAGCCCCAACACUCCACGCCCCCAGAUGUAGGGGGGGCGACUUGAGUUCUUGAAACCUGUGCUUUCCAGAUGUAGGGGAAGGCACUGACACUGACGCACUCCCAGAUGUAGGGGGGGUAGCGAAAAAAAUCGUAGGUGUGCUCUCCAGAUGUAGGGAAGGGUACCAACACGCACCCCCAAAUGUGUGGGGGGGUAGCGCAUGUAUCUCACAGGUGUUCUCCCCAGAAAAAAGGGAGGAGGGCAUCAGGAUACGCCCUCCAGAUGUAGGGGACGGACGUACAGCAGUGGUUACACAACAGCGCGCCUCCAGAUGUAGGGGGGGUAGCGCCAGCCGACGCACCCCAGACAUGGGGGGCAGUAGUUCCUUCACCAGCGCGCCCCCAGAUGUAGAGGGGGGGGCGCAGGUCUACGCUCUCCAGAUGCAGGGGAGGGCAGCAGUUCUUCACCGGCGCGUCCCCAGAUGUAAGGGGGACGACGCGGGUCCACGCUCUCCAGAUUUAGGGGAGGGCAAUUUUUCUUCACCGGCGCGCCUCCAGAUGUAGGGGGGGCAACGCCGGUUAAUGCUCUCUAGAUGUAGGGGAGGGCGGCAUUUCUUCACCUGCGCGCCUCCAGAUGUAGGGGGGGCAGAACUGGGCUUUUCGGUUGGGCGGUUGCCCAGAUGAAGGGGGGAGCUGCACAGUCAUCACAGAUCUCCGCCAACGCGCUUCCAGAUGUAGGGGGGGCAGAACUGGGCUUUUCGGUUGGGCGGUUGCCCAGAUGAAGGGGGGAGCUGCACAGUCAUCACAGAUCUCCGCCAACGCGCUUCCAGAUGUAGGGGGGGCAGAACUGGGCUUUUCGGUUGGGCGGUUGCCCAGAUGAAGGGGGGAGCUGCACAGUCAUCACAGAUCUCCGCCAACGCGCUUCCAGAUGUAGGGGGGGCAGAACUGGGCUUUUCGGUUGGGCGGUUGCCCAGAUGAAGGGGGGAGCUGCACAGUCAUCACAGAUCUCCGCCAACGCGCUUCCAGAUGUAGGGGGGGCAGCGUGAGCAUUUGUCGUUCGUUGUAGUCGGCGCGCUUACCAGGGUGGCGAGCAGCAGCAAGGGUUUUGCGGGUCGGUGGGAGGAGCCGGAGUCCACUUGGCAAUGGAGAGAAGACCCCCGCUGAGACCGACAAAUGCAGUUGGUACCUGUAGCAGAGAAUACUGGUAGCAAUUUGAGUUUUCUUGUGUGUGGUCGCACAAUAUGGGAGGGCAUCCAAUGUGGCGUUAACCUGAUGUUCGUGAACGUGCAUGUCUCUGACGACUUCCCCUCAACAGUCGCUACCGUGUUUUGAUCGUAUCAACGUCGUUCCUUUUUGUUCGCNCCGGAGUCCACUUGGCAAUGGAGAGAAGACCCCCGCUGAGACCGACAAAUGCAGGUGGUACCUGUAGCAGAGAANAAAUCCGGUUGGUACCUGUAGCAGAGAAUACUGGUAGCAAUUUGAGUUUUCUUGUGUGUGGUCGCACAAUAUGGGAGGGCAUCCAAUGUGGCGUUAACCUGAUGUUCGUGAACGUGCAUGUCUCUGACGACUUCCCCUCAACAGUCGCUACCGUGUUUUGAUCGUAUCAACGUCGUUCCUUUUUGUUCGCAUUGUAGGCCAGAUGUCGCGGGAGAGCACAGCUGUGUUUCAGCUAGCGUUGGUGUAUUGUUGUUUGUUUUUCCCUGAAAAUGUUGAGCUGAUCAUCCGAACCAUCGAUGUAGUUUGGUCCGCUUGGUAUGUCGCCAUGAACGGGAAUUGGAGUACAUAGCUGAAAUAAAAUGCCAACGUAGCGCUGUGUUUGGCCUUCGUUUGUAGGGAAUUGGAGAAGUUGAGAUGACAACGAUGAUGUUUUAUUUUGGCAGUCGUGGAAUCAUUGCGAGGGUUUUUGGCUCGGAGGCCGGGUUUUCCCUUGCAACGCCUUAUUUUUUUCUGUGUGGUUUUUCGGUGGUGUCCGAGUCGUUGAGCAACACACGGUGAUGGUUAAUUGCUACGGUAGUGUUAUAUACGACACCGGUGUCGUACUUCCUUAUAUACGACACCUACCAUUUCUUGGCCCACAGGGCUCCAAUCGGCGUCCAACAAAAUGCGCUGUGUAGCCACGGCCCGCAGCUAUCAGCCCAUACCAUUUUGGGUCAAAUCGGCCAAGUGGUUGCGGAGAAAGAGCCGAAAAUAGGGGGCUCCGCAACUUACCGGGGGGGUGUCAGCGACGUUCCGGUCAUAACUCCUUGCAC